UACACAGACGGGCCGGAGGGUAGAGUCACCCCUUAAACUUUCACCUUCGUUCACCUUCUCUCUUCCUUCUCUCUCACUAUGCUUAUGCUCUUCUAAGAGAGGUAAACCCAGGCAGGGUGGGUCGGUGUCGUCUCGGUUUUAAUUGGCUGGGGGCCCAGGCGUGCGUUUUCUCCUAUGGAACAUGUUCUGGUCCCGCCCCUGAAAGUGCCUGUCACCUGACCUGCCUGGCUUCGCCCACUCCGGAUUACAUCACUGCUGGGGAAGAGUGCGAUGUCUUUUCUUUCUCCCUCUGUGGGCAGACAGGUACUGCUUCUGACUGAGAAAGAUUCUCCCAUUCUGAAUAUUCACUGUAGGUGGAUACGACAGACUGAUAUUACUUCUCUGUACUGAGUUUCAAUAGGCCAGACAGGUCGUGUCUCUUCACUCUUCUCAUGGGUUGUCUGAGGCCUGAUUAUUGCAAUCAAUGAUAUCACGGACUGUACAACUCCGCAGCAGACAGAGUGGCUGUGACUGUACCCUGGCUGUCAGUGGAAGACAGCCAAGUAGCUGUUUUGUGUGGGAAAAUGGCUCAGGGUGACCGUGACUGACACUGAAUUUGGACUGGGGGCUUGACUGAGUUGGCUAGCGUUGAUACUGACAGACAUGGAGUUUCUGAGGAGUCUGGUCCCGGCUGUCAUAUCUGGAGAUGUAUGGGCGUUGGAGUCUGGGGGGGCGUUGCCCCGGGAGACAGGUCCCUGUCUGCUGCGGAUGAAGCGCCUGCUGGCCAUUGGCCAGAUGACCGAGGAGGACCAGCAGGGUCUCGUGAAUACCUCCACUACCAGACCCAUCUGCUCCAACCACAUCGAAGCCUCAGCCCCUGUCAACAGCCUGAGUAGACGUCGCGCCCCUUCCGUGGCCCACCUGACGUGGGAGAAGCGCAACGCCGCCGCCAUGUCGAGCAUCAUCAUCGACCCCGAGCUCAAGCCCGGGGAGUUUGUUAUCAAGAGCCUGUUUGCUGAGUUUGCUGUGCUGGCUGAGAAGAAGAUUGAGGUGGUGAUGGCUGAACCGCUGGAGAAACUCUUGUCCCGAUCCCUCCAGAGAGGGGAAGACGCACAAUUUGAUCAGUUAAUAAGCUCUAUGAGCUCCGUAGCGGAACACUGUUUGCCCUCCCUGCUGCGCACACUGUUUGACUGGUACCGGCGGCAGAGUGGCACUGAGGAUGAGUCCUAUGAGUACAGACCUCGCUCCAGCACCAAGUCCAAAGGGGAUGAACAGCAUCGGGAUAAAGACUACCUAUUGGAGCGGAGGGACUUAGCCAUAGAUUUCAUAUUCUGUUUGGUUUCAGUUGAAGUUUUAAAACAGAUUCCUCUUCACCCCGUGCCAGAUACUUUAGUACAUGAAGUUCUGAACCUGGCAUUCAAGCACUUUAAACACAAAGAGGGGUGCUCUGGCCCUAACACUGUCAAUGUGCACAUCAUCGCAGACCUGUAUGCUGAGGUCAUCGGAGUGCUCACACAGUCAAAGUUCCAGGCGGUGCGUAAGAAGUUCAUCACGGAGCUGAAGGAGCUGAGGCAGAAGGAGCAGAGCCCCUACGUGGUCCAGAGCAUCAUUAGCCUCAUCAUGGGAAUGAAGUUCUUCAGGGUCAAGAUGUACCCCGUGGAGGACUUUGAGGCCUCCUUCCAGUUCAUGCAGGAGUGUGCCCAGUAUUUCCUGGAGGUGAAGGAUAAGGACAUAAAGCAUGCCUUGGCUGGCCUGUUUGUUGAGAUCCUCAUCCCUGUUGCUGCUGCGGUGAAGAAUGAAGUCAAUGUGCCGUGCCUGAAGAACUUUGUGGAGAUGCUCUACCAGACAACCUUUGACCUUAGCUCCAGAAAGAAGCACUCUUUGGCUCUGUAUCCUCUGGUGACGUGCCUGCUGUGUGUCAGUCAGAAGCUGUUCUUCCUCAAUAACUGGCACAUCUUCCUCACAAACUGCCUCUCUCACCUGAAGAUGCCGUCUAACAACAGCAUCCGAAAGCAGAUUGAGACAUUGCAGAACAAAGAUCCUAAAAUGUCCCGUGUGGCACUGGAGUCACUCUACAGACUGCUGUGGGUCUACAUCAUCAGGAUCAAGUGUGAGAGCAACACCGUCACCCAGAGCCGGCUGCUUAGCAUCGUUUCAGCGCUUUUCCCCAAAGGCUCCCGUAGCGUGGUGCCCCGCGACACGCCCCUCAAUAUCUUCGUCAAGAUCAUCCAGUUUAUAGCUCAGGAAAGGCUGGAUUUUGCUAUGAAGGAGAUCAUUUAUGACCUCCUGUGUGUGGGCAAAUCUCACAAGACAUUCACCAUCAAUCCAGAAAGGAUGAAUAUUGGCCUGAGGGCCUUCCUGGUGAUAGCUGACAGUCUGCAGCAGAAGGACGGGGAGCCGCCCAUGCCCACCACAGGGGCCAUCAUGCCCUCAGGAAACACCCUGCGGAUCAAGAAGAUCUUCCUCGCCACCACCCUCACUGACGAGGAGGCCAAGGUCAUCGGCAUGUCACUUUACUACCCAGCAGUGAGGAAGGCCCUGGACAACAUGCUGCGUCACCUGGACAAGGAGGUGGGGCGCUCCAUGAGCAUGACCAACGUCCAGAUGUCCAAUAAGGAGCCUGAGGAUAUGAUCACGGGGGAAAGGAAGCCGAAGAUUGAUCUGUUCCGUACGUGUGUGGCGGCCAUCCCCAGACUGAUCCCAGAUGGCAUGAGCAGACAGGACCUGAUAGAGCUGCUGGCCAAGCUGACCAUACACAUGGAUGAGGAGCUGCGUGGCCUGGCCUUCACCACCCUGCAGGCCCUGAUGCUGGACUUCCCAGAGUGGAGGGAGGACGUGCUAUCUGGCUUUGUCUACUUCAUUGUGCGUGAGGUCACUGACAUUCACCCCACGCUGCUGGACAACGCCAUCAAGAUGCUGCUGCAGCUCAUCAGCCAGUGGAGGCAGGCAGUCCAGACCAGCAACAAGCAGGGCCCUGGCAGCGGGCCAUCUCUGCCCCUGGAACGCUCUCCUCUGUGGGGGGUGCUGCAUGUGGUGGAGGGCCUGGCACUGGUGGUGCUGUGCAGUUGCCGCCCUGCCACCCGGAGGCUGGCUGUUAACGUCCUCAAAGAGGUCCGAGCCCUGCACGCCGCUCUGGGCAUCGCCAAGGGAGAUGAGGAGUUGGCCAUAGAUGUGAUGGACAGACAAAGUGCAUCUGUGCUGGAGAGCUUCAUCCAUCUCACAGGAGCUGACCAGACCAACCUGCUCUACUGCCCCAGUGGUAUCGACCUGCAGACGCUGGCAGAAUGGAGCUCGUCUCCCAUCAGCCACCAAUUUGACGUGGUCAGCCCGUCGCACAUCUGGGUGUUUGCCCACGUUACACAGGGCCAGGACCCCUGGGUCAUCAGCCUGUCCAGCUACCUGCGCCAGGAGCACCUGCCCAAGCACUGCCCUACCGCACUCAACUACGCCUGGAUGUUCGCCUACACCCGUCUGCAGCUGCUCUCUCCACAAGUGGAUAUCAACAGCCCUAUAAAUGCUAAGAAGCUGAACAGCCUGAGCAGCAGUGGUGACUCGUACAUGGGGCUGUGGAGGAACUACCUGAUCCUCUGUUGUAGCUCCGCCACUUCCUCCCCCAACUCCUCCUCUUCCUCUACCUCUGGCUCCAUCCGCUGCUCCCCGCCUGAGACGCUGGCGUCCACGCCAGACAGCGGCUACAGCUACGACUCAAAGAUUAUUGGCACUCCGUCCCCCUCGUCCCUGUUCAAACACGUUGUCCCGAUGAUGCGCUCUGAGAGCAUGGACAUCACAGAGUCUCUUGUCCUGGGGCUUGGCAGGACCAACCCCUUGGCCUUCAGAGAGUUGAUAGAGGAACUGAACCCCAUCAUUAAGGAGGCUCUGGAGAGGAGACCUGAGAACAUGAAGCGACGCAGGCGUCGUGACAUCUUGAGGGUCCAGCUGGUCCGGAUCUUUGAGCUGCUGGCUGAUGCUGGUGUCAUCAGUCAGACGGCGAGUGGAGGUCUGGACGGGGAGAGUCACUCUCUGAACUCAGUGCUGUUGGAGUAUGUGGAUCUGACGAGACAGCUGCUGGAGGCUGAGAAUGACAAAGACUCAGACACACUGAAGGACAUCCGCUGCCACUUUAGUGCUCUGGUGGCCAACAUCAUUCAGAACGUCCCAGUGCACCAGAGGAGGACCAUCUUCCCUCAGCAGUCUCUAAGACACAGUCUGUUCAUGUUGUUCAGCCACUGGGCCGGGCCCUUCAGCAUCAUGUUCACCCCACUGGACCGGUACAGCGACCGCAACAUGCAGAUCAACCGACACCAGUACUGUGCUCUCAAGGCCAUGUCUGCAGUGUUGUGCUGUGGUCCAGUGGCUGAUAACGUUGGCCUCUCCUCUGAUGGUUAUCUCUACAAGUGGCUGGACAACAUCCUGGACUCUCAGGACAGGAAGGUGCACCAGUUGGGCUGUGAGGCGGUGAUGCUGCUGUUGGAGUUGAACCCAGACCAGAGUAACUUGAUGUUCUGGGCUGUGGACCGCUGCUACACUGGCUCACGGCGCGUGGCUGCCGGCUGCUUCAGGGCCAUCGCCAAUGUCUUUCACAACAGGGAUUACCAGUUUGACACCGUGGUGCUGCUGAAUCUCAUCCUGUUUAAGGCAGCUGAUUCAUCCAGAGAUAUCUAUGAGGUGGCCAUGCAGCUGCUGCAGAUCUUGGAGCCCAAGCUCUUCCGUUACGCUCAUAAACUGGAGAUUCAGAGAACAGAUGGGAUCCUGAGCCCUCCCUCCCCGCUGCCACACCUCUACUCUGUCUCCUACUACCAGCUGUCUGAGGAGCUGGCCAGGACAUACCCAGAGCUCACCCUGCCCAUCUUCUCAGAGGUGAGCCAGCGUAUCCAGACAGCACACCCUGGUGGUCGCCAGGUGAUGCUGCAUUACCUCCUGCCAUGGAUGAACAACGUGGAGCUGGUGGACUUCAAGCCGUCGCCACGGCGACAUGAGGAGACCCCCAUUUGUGAGGAUGAGGAGGACGGCCACGAGCGUGAUAUGAUGGUCAACAGCCGCCGUUGGCUCCGUGGGGAGGGCUGGGGCUCCCCGCACGCCACCACCAUGGUGCUCAACAACCUCAUGUUCAUGACUGCCAAGUACGGGGAUGAGUUUGCGUGGUCAGAGAUAGAGAACGUGUGGACCACCCUGGCAGACAGCUGGCCAAAGAACCUGAAGAUCAUCCUGCACUUCCUCAUCAGCAUGUCAGGGGUCAACAGUGAGCCCAGCUUCCUGCCCUAUGUGAAGCGGGUGGUGGUGUACCUGGGCAGGGAUAAGACGAUGCAGCUGCUGGAGGAGCUGAUGUGUGAGCUGGACCUGACAGACCCAGUGAGCUCUGCUGUCACUCACAUGGACAACCCUCCCUACUACCGCAUUACCUCCAGCUACAAGAUCCCCUCCGUCACCUCAGCAGGAACCACCUCCAGCAGUAACACCAUGGUGCCAGGACCCGACGCUCACCAUGACAGCAGCAAGAACAAAGACCCCAACAUGGACGACAGUUCCACCCAUCUGGACAUCUACAGUGGUCUGAAUAGCAACCUGAACCGUCAGCACCACCGCCUGGAGUCUCGCUACAGCAGCAGCUCUGGAGGAUCCUAUGAGGAGGAGAAGGGUGACUCCAUGCCGCUGUAUGCUAACUGGCGUCUGAAGGUGAUGGACCACAACCGUCCCGAGCCCCUCCCCUUUCCUCCGACAGGGGGAUGCUGGUCCCCUCUGGUGGACUACCUGCCAGAGACCAACACCCCUGGAGUACCCAUUCACAGGUGUAACAUAGCUGUCAUCCUACUGACUGACCUCAUAGUGGACCAUGGGGUCAAAGUGGAGUGGAGCGCCUACCUUCACCUCCUGCUGCACUCCAUUUUCAUAGGGUUUGACCACCAGCACCCUGAGGUCUACGAGCACUGCAAACGCCUCCUGCUUCACCUGCUGGUCGUCCAGGGAACUAACGGCAGCGUUCAAUCCUUGGCCUCUGUGCUGCUGCGCAACCGAGAGUUCAACGACCCAAAGGUGCUGACGGUGAAGCCACCGCCUCACGACUUCAACCUCACAGGAAUGUGUGACGUUGUGCCAAACUAUCAGCCGUCUCCUAUGACCGACUCAGGCCUGAGCUCCAGCUCCACUUCGUCCAGCAUCAGCUUGGGUACAGGAGGAACCCCCCUGCCUCACCUCACCCCCACCCUAAUUAACGAGGUGGACGUCAUCGCCGAACAGGAUGAGAAGGUCAAGGCCCUCAUCGAGUUUGUCACCUCCAGGAAGCGGGGGCCCCUGUGGAACCAUGAGGACGUGUCGCCCAAGAACCCCAACAUAAAGAGUGCUGACCAGCUGUGUGUGUUCCUCAGACAUGUAGUGACAGUCUUCAAACAGUCCCAGUCAGGUUUCCAGCUGGAGCAGUUGCUGAGUGAGGUAGCACUGCAGACUGCUCUGUCGUGCUCGUCUCGUCACUAUGCAGGGCGCUCCUUCCAGAUCUUCAGGGCUCUCAAACAACCCCUCACAGCCGCCACGCUCUCUGAUGUCCUCUCACGUCUUGUAGAGACAGUGGGCGACCCUGGAGAGGAGGCGCAGGGCUUUGUUAUCGAGCUGUUGCUGACUCUGGAGUCAGGGAUUGACACUCUCGCUGACACAGUAAAGAAUUAUGACCUCCUCACUGCCUUGGCAAAGGCUUCUGCCCACGAGCACCUGCUGGGGGCUAAGUUUGCAGCCAAUAGGAAGAGCACGGGCCAGCUGAACCUGAGUAGUGGGGGUCUGUUCCACCACAGUCACUACCCCCACGGCCACGCCCGCAGCAACUCCCUCCGCGCCAGCCUCAUGGGCGAACGCAAGGGCGACCGUCGCCGCAGCAACACCCUAGAUAUCGCUGAUCGGCUGGGUGGCAGCCAUGGUAACCUAGCCCGAACGCAGAGCUUAUCGUCAUUGCGGGAGGGUGGAGGAGGGGGUCCUGGGGGGGAGGCCAUCCCUCCUGUGGACCCCACCAACCUGAUGGCCACGGUGUUCUGGAUUGCAGCCUCCCUCCUGGAGUCGGACUAUGAGUUUGAGUACCUGCUGGCCCUGCGGCUGCUCAACAAGCUACUGGGUCAGCUGCCCCUGGAGAACGCAGACAGCAGGGAGAGGCUGGAAACAGUGCAGGCCAAGCUGAAAUGGUACAGCUUCCCUGGUCUGCUGCAGCUCUUCCUCAAGGGCUUCACCUCAGCCUCCACCCAGGAGCUCACCAUCCACCUGCUCAACAAGCUCAUCAGCGUCUCCCGCCACACACUGGUCGACCCCUCCCAGGUGGCAGGUAAGAGAGCAGGUUUUCCUCUAAACAUCCUGUGCCUGCUGCCUCACCUCAUCCAGCACUUUGACAGCCCCACUCCGUUCUGCAAGGAGACGGCGGAUAAGAUAGCCAAGGUGUGUGCCGAGGAGAAGUCCGCCACCCUGUCUAACCUGGCCCACAUGAUGAGCCUGUACAGCACACACAGCUACUCCAGAGACUGCGCCAACUGGAUCAACGUGGUGUGUCGUUACCUACACGACGCCUUUGCUGAGAUCACCUUUAAUUUGGUCACAUACCUGGCUGAGUUGCUGGAGAAGGGCCUACCCAGCAUGCAGCAGUCCCUGCUACAGAUCAUCUACAGCCUGCUGAGUCACAUUGACCUGUCUGCUGCGCCCGUUAAACAGUUCAACCUAGAGAUCAUGAAGAUCAUCAGCAAAUAUGUCCAGAGCCCGUACUGGAAGGAGGCCCAGAACAUCCUGAAGCUGGUGGUGUCUCGGUCGGCCAGCCUUGUGGUGCCAGACGAGGUUCAGCGCUCCUAUAGCACCGAGUCCUCUGGAUCCCCAGAGAUCGCCUUCACUCGCAUCUUCAACAACUCCUCUAAGGAGCUGCCCGGCAAGACGCUGGACUUUCACUUUGACAUCUCAGAGACGCCCAUCAUAGGGCAUAAGUACGGGGACCAGCGCACAGCUGCAGGGCGGAAUGGGAAGCCGCAGGUCAUUGCUGUGACUCGGAGCACGUCCUCCACCUCUUCUGGAUCCAACUCCAACGGCCUGGUGCCUGUCAGCUGGAAGAGGCCCCAACUCUCUCAGAGGAGAACCAGAGAGAAGCUCAUGAACGUUCUUUCUCUGUGUGGUCCCGAGUCUGGUAUUCCCAAGAAUCCUUCUGUAAGACACCUGGCAUGUCAAACUGUGGUGUUCUCGUCCAACGAGGACCUGGACUCAGGUGACCAGCAGACCAGUCUGAUCCCCACGGUGGAGGAGGUGGUGAGGGAGGAGGACCUGCAGGGAGAAGAUGCAGGAAGUGAGCAGCAGUUUGGAGUCUUCAAGGACUUUGAUUUCCUGGACGUAGAGCUGGAGGAUGCUGAGGGGGAGAGCAUGGACAACUUCAACUGGGGUGUGCGUCGGCGCUCCCUGGACAGCAUGGACAAGGGGGAGGGAGAUGGGGAUACGCCGUCCCUGCAGGAGUGCCAGUACACCGGGAGCACUCCCAGCCUCAACCUCACCAACCAGGAGGACACGGACGAGUCGUCUGAGGAGGAGGUACUGAGCGCUAGCCAGAUUCUCACCCGCUCUGGCCUAAUCAACUGUGACUCUGCUAUGGAUGAUGCCACAUCCAAUCAUGUGGACUCUCUGCAGCAGUCCCAGGAGUCGUCCAGCAGUGCCCUGUCAGAGGAGACCACGGCCCUGCUGCCCCACCUGAACAGCCCUACACUGGAGAUGGCCUGCACUGACUCCAUCCAGCUGCCUGAGGAUGUGGUCAGCAUGACGGCGGCAGACGAGCUGAGCAGCAGUGUGAGCACAGACACAGGGUUUGGCAGCAGUGCCCCCGCACUGCCCCCGGACCCCCCUGAGCUGUUUGACCUCACAGACUCUCAGGACCCUCAUGACAACCUGGACCCGGCCCCCCCUCGGCUGCUGGCCAUAGACACCCCGCCGGGGUCCCUCUGUGAGGAGGGGGACUCCCCUACGACCCUGCCCCAGCUGCCCCCCAUCCCAGACAGCCCCUGUGGCUCUGUGUGUGAGGAGGACGUGACGCUGGCGCUGAAGGAGCUGGAUGAACGCUGUGAGGAGGAGGAGGCCGACUUCUCUGAUAUGUCCAGUCAAGAUGAGGGUGAUCAGGAUGGUUUCCCAGAGGUCCAGGCCUCUCCUCCCCCCUCGCCCUUCCUCUCUGCCAUCCUGGCAGCUUUCCAGCCUGUUGCUUAUGACGACGAGGAGGAUGCCUGGCGUGUCCAUGUCAACCAGAUGUUGUCGGACACGGAUGGGUCCUCUGCUGUGUACACCUUCCAUGUGUUCUCCCGACUAUUUAAGAGCAUGCAGAGGAAGUUUGGCGCCAUCACCCACUCGUCAGUGCGUUUUCUGGGAGAGAGGCUGCAGCGAAUGGGGAACCAGUUCCUCAGCUCCCUAGAGGUCAUGACCUCACGCUCCCAGUGCCCCACGGUACUGCUGGACGCUGAGACGUUGGUCUCAUGUGGACUGCUGGAGACUCUGAAGUUUAGUGUGCUGGAGUUGCAGGAACACCUGGACACCUACAACGGCAAGAGGGAGGCGGCCGAGGAGUGGCUGGAAAACUGCAGGAAGACGUUUGGCGACAAAGAUGGCAACCAACGACCCAACACCCAGGCACAGCAAAUGGAAAAACUAGCAGAGCUGGAGCUGUGUCGCAGGCUCUAUAAGCUGCACUUCCAGCUGCUGCUGCUCUUCCAGGCUUACUGUAAGCUCAUCAGUCGUGUGGACACCAUUAAGAGAGAAGCAGAGGUGACCAACAUGUCAGAGGAGCUGGCCAUCCUGGAGAGCUGUUUGAAGCAGGCGGAGUCUGGGGUUGAUGGACAGGAGGAUGUGGGUGUGUCUGAUGCCUCCCAGACCAGCACUGAGACGGCCAUCCAAUCACUGAUCGAGACCCUGAGGGCCAGAGACUUCGGCUCCGCCCUUACACAGGUCAAAACCUUCAGGUCUCUGUGGCCUAACGACAUCUUUGGGAACGAGUCAGACGACGCAGUCCAGACUCUACUGCACAUCUACUUCCGUCAGCAGACGCUGGGCCAGACGGGCUGCCUGGCCGUGGUGGGACCCAGCAGGGACCUGUCCCAGGCCAACGGGCGCCUCAUGGAGCUCAACCUGCAGAUCAGAGAGGCUCUGAGCCAGGCCCAGGCCUGCCAGGCCCCCAGACCACUGUGGUCAGCACUGGACUGUAAGGCUUCAGGCACAAAGCCUGGACUUGACUGGACUAGAGCAACCCCCCCCCCCGUACCACUCACAGUUCCCAUCUGCUCUGGAGGCUGGGAAGGUGUGUCGGGAGGACAGAACAGACUCCACCUAUAAGGGCUAAAGGAUGUGUGGGAAUAACUGACUCAUAUUAAUAUAUAUUACAUAUAUCAAAUACUUAAAGCUAAUAUCUGUUUUCCCAGAAUAAGCCAACUUACAAAAUUCAGCUGCAAUAAGUCGUGGUAUGAUGUGACUGCUGACGACUGGCCCGGGAGUGAGAAGGAGGGGUGGUAAGGGGCAUGAUGAUGCUAAACUGGAAGCGUUUUGGCGGAAAUUACCUGAUGGGCCUCCCAUAUUGGCCAGUGGCUGCCUCGGGCCCUUUCAGGAGACUGGAUGGGGCCUGGGGUUCGGUCAGGGAGACGAUGUUGUGUUCUCAUAGCAGUAGAGUUGGAGCAUGAGAGACUAAGUCAGUCCGGAAGGAUGUGUGUGUGGACAGGCUGUUCCUGUCAUGGUUCAGAAACAAACACACAAAAAGUGUUCAAAAGCAUGCUUGAAAGAGAAAAGCACUGCAAGAAUAUUUUUUUGACAAAUGUACUAUUUUUUAUUAGAGCUAACAUCCUAGGUUGUAAAUGUAAGGAUAUUUAACAUGUAAUUGUAACCCUAGGGGAGCUGUUCCCCACAGGGACUGUAAAAAGAUACAUGUAUCUGUUUAUUGACUUGCAUUGGAGAUGAGCAUCAGCUUCAACAGGUCUUCUAAUGAAACUCACUCUGUAACCAAAUAAGUAGCUGCCUGUAGAGACUUUAGGCUGUGUGGUGUAUAUAUUGGAUACACUUGCACACACACAUGCAUAUAAUUGCACAGAAGUGGAGACUGGCUACAACACAUUAUGGAAACAUUAACUUAUUUUACUCUGUAUAUAUUUUAGAAAAUGUAUAGUGUAAAACCAGUAUUUUUUUUCUUGUACUUUUGUGAAAUGCACUGUUGAUUUGAAUUAGAUGUAUGAAGCUAACGCGAGAAGAGAACCCAGAGCAGAUAUUAAGAAACUAAUGAUCUGCGCCACUAUUAUAAUCCUGUCACACAAACUUUAAACAUUUCCCAGACUGGCCUGCCUGGUGGGAGUCACUGUUCAUGUGCUUAGGGGUCAGAGGAACUGGUUGAAGGCACGAGCUGGUGUAGAUUCUGCUUCCUGUUGGACCAGCCCAGCCCAUAUGCAUUCCUUCUCUCCACUGUGAUCUCCAUGUUGGCCCUGUACACCAGCACAGGUCACGCUAAAAAGCCUCGAGGGGAAAUUGAGGCCCGUGUUCGUCCCUAUUUGCGGAUCUCAGCGGUGCACUGGUGAUGUGCCAUGGCCCUGUGCUCUGAGGGGAAACUGCUGCCAUUAAAGCCGUGCUUUUGCUUCUGAAAAGGCACUGCUUGCUGCCUGCCGAAUUGCAGGACAUGAACGAGAGGUCUGAAAGCGUUGCAGGAAACUUGUCAUGGCACAUUGUAAACGAUCACUGUACUCAUUCCUCACGGAGAACUUGUCUAUUGCAUUUGAAUGGAUAUUAUUUACCUGGAAAAUAGUUGAGGUGCAUUACUGGAUAAGUUUUUCCUUUCAUCUCACAUAACAGCCUUCUCUCUGGAUAAAUAAAAACCUGAUCAUA